AUGGAAUUGAUUAACAAUAUUGCCAAGGCUCACGAAGGCGUAUCUGUAUUUGGCGGAGUCGGUGAACAGACUCGUGAAGGAAAUGAUCUUUACAUGGAAAUGAAAGAAUAUGGAGUAAUUAAUGAACAAAAUAUUGCAGAAUCAAAAGUAGCUCUAGUUUAUGGUCAGGUGAAUGAACCGCCGGGAGCUCGUAUGAGAGUUGGUUUGACUACCCUAGCUAUGGCGGAAUAUUUCCGAGAUGUUAAUUAUAAACAAGACGUACUUUUAUUUAUUGACAAUAUCUUCCGUUUUGUCCAAGCAGGAUCUGAAGUAUCCGCCUUGUUUUAA